AUGGGGACGGUCGAGGAACGGGUGAUAAAAGCGGCCACUGCGGCGCUAGUCCCGAUCGGGCCACCUCAGCGGGACGCCAUGCCGGAAGGGGCAGCAGGAUGCCGCAGCCAGGCAGGCGGUUGGGGACCGCAGAACGGCGGGCGAAUGGGCGCGGUUUUCGGCCCCCCGCUUGCCGUCGUGUAG